AUGGAAAGAAAAGGUGGCCUCCCUCAGAUGAAAGGAUACUAUGCUAAACAUAAACCAACCAAAGAGAGCAAACUAAACAAAAGUAGUUCUGCCUCUGCUCUUGGCAAUAGCUAUGCUCCAAAAGAAAAAUGGCAGAGCAACUUUAGCACUUACUACAACCAAAGAAAGCAAAGGAGAAACUAUAAUAUCAAAACCCAUGAGGAAUCUAAAAAUGGGUCUCCUCAGAAAUUCCAUUCUGUUGAUAAGAAAUAUGACUUAAGUCAGUAUGAAAGCAGGAAUAAAAAACCAGCCAAUGCUGGUUCUUAUGCUUCUGCAUAUAGAACACAGAAGAAUACUGAAUCAAACUUAGUCAGCAGCCCUAAAUAUCCUCCUCGCUAUAAAUAAAGCUAGCUCGAAGAAACCAGAGAAGGCUAUAGAAUACCCAUUAACCAGCAGACACAAAGAGUUAGAUGGUGAAAAGAAAAUCUUCACAAGCUCGAGACCUCAACUAACUCCUCAAGCAGUACCGAAGUCUCUUAAGUUCCGGUUCGACAACAAAACUCUCCUCUCAAAAGGUUUUAAAGCUACAGAAGAUCAAAAGAAAGUAAAGGAAGAAUGAGACCUUACUGAUGAAGAAAAUGUGAUUGAUGACUCAGAAGAACAAUCUUGCUUUGUAGUUGGUAAUUAUAGAGCCCAUAAGAGUAAAAUUAAACAACUCAGAGGAGAUAGAGACGGCAGUGAUAAUAAACCUGUUCACAAAUCUGACAAGCAACUUCAAACUGAUGAUGUACAAGUGAACAUUAAAGAGGAUUCUCUGAUAAACGUGAAGAUAAAGCAGGAACAUAAAACAGAAUCGAAGAUAUCGCAAAAAUUUUGUUCCAAAAUGAAAAUUUUGACUGACUUCUAUCAGAACAUCUUUGCUAAACCUUUAAAUUUAAAAGACAGUAACUUGAAUGACACUAUCGCUUACCUCACUCGCACGUUACACCAGACUACUGAUAGUCUUCAAAAUAUCGAUCAAAAAUAUUCAGGUGAAGACCAAUUUUACGGUUCUGACUAUGACGCACAAUUAGAUUUCAAUAAAAAGUUAGAGGCAUCCUUAAAAUUUCUAAAAGCACGAAAUUUGGAGCUUGAAGAAAUAGUGAAAGAGAAAUAACCUAAAACAAAUUCAAACUGAGGCUAAAAUAUCUGCUCUUCAUAAUAAAAAUAUCGAAUUGAAUGAACUAAUUGAAUCUCUCAAGCAAAAGACUGAUGAAAGCAAGCCUAAUUUGAAUAAUAAAAAGGACAUUAUUCAAUUAUAUAAAGAAAAGAUUCAAAAUCUUAGCAAGUCAAUUAGGAUGCAAAUGGUGUCAACCAACAAUAUCGAUCAAGUCAGACAAAGACUUAGUGAUAAGUUAAAGGUUCUAAAGAAUGAAAAUGAGAAUUACAAACAAAUUAACCAAGAACUUAAUAUCAAAGUUGAAGAAUUAACUGCUCAAAUUCAAAGUGUCAAAAUAGAAUCUAAUCAGAAUGAAGAAGAAAAACUACAGUUUGAAAGAACCAAGAAUACUUAUACUGAUAAAGAUGCAAGCCAUACUGACCAAGACAAAGCUUCAAUCUGAAGCAGGCAUACUCAAAAGAUAAAGGAACUCGAGAAAUCUAAUACUCAACUUGAAUAUGAGAUUAGAAAAAUGGCAAAUAUUUCAAAGCAAGAGACUAACAAUCUGAGUGAUAUCAUUAAUCAGUCACUUGAUGUCCUAAACGAUAUUAGUCUUACUAUUCAAAACCUGAGACCUAUAAACAGACAGUAUUAUGCAGACGAGAAUUUGUACAUACAAAAGGCUAAUUUUAACUCUCUAGUAGCUCAUAAAGAGUACUUGACUGAUAAAUACUUUGAUCAGACUUCUUUCACUGAUAGGAUAAAGACUUUGGAAGAAGCUCAAAAUAGAGUCAAAUUAUUAAUGAAGACAAUUCCCAAGAGGAGUAAAGAUAAGCUGUCUGCCUCGGUUAGUGACAAGAGAGAACUGCCUAUGUAUCAAGAAGACAAACCAGAAAAGAGAAAGUCUUUGAAUAAAUCUAACUCAAAUAAUAUUGAAGAGUUAGAGAAAUUAUGCAAAACCAAAGAUCAACAGUUAGAAAAUAAGAAUAACCAAAUUCUCUCUUUCGAACAGAAAAUAAAAACUCUUAAAAGAGAGAAUGAAGAAUUAAAGGCAGAGAUUACUGAAUUGAAUGCAUUGCUUUCCAAGUAUGCAGCCCAACAAUAUUUGACUAAGUCUCCUCAAACACAAUCUCAUAUCUCUCAUUUUAUGAGUAGGAGGCCCGAAGAUUCUAAAAUCACAGAAACAAAUACUCUUGAAAAGACAGGAAGGGACAUGAUUAAAGAAGCUAAAGAACAAUGAUACAAUAAGAGUAAUAAGAAGCAUAGUGCAGAACAUGAAGAUACUUUUGAGAAAGCUGAUGACAAUAAUUCUUUUCAGAUUGAUCUCUCUCAAUCAAUACAAAAUCCAUUUGAGGAGAAUAAUUCAAAGAGAACCCAAAGUUCAAGAUUUCUUGAAUCUUCUCCCAAUGAAGAUUCAAAGUUGUCUGGUGAAAGAGAUAAUAGCAAGGUUUCUAGCCUAAAUAGAUCAAGAAGUAGGAAAAGAUGGAACAAAUCUAACAAAGUAUCUGAAAAGAGUCAAACUAAAUUAUCUAAAAAUAAAUCUAAAUUGGCAUUAGGUUCAGAUACUGGUGAAGACGAUAGCUCUUUCAUGAAUGACUUUGAUGAUUUAAUGAGAGAGGAUAAAAAGAGUGGAACCAAAAUCAUAAGACAAACUGGAAUUAGUAAUCAGAGUGACUUUAUCAAGCCAGAGAUAAUUGCACAAUCGCCAUCUCCUAUUUUGUUCAAUUUCGAUGAAAAUACAGAGUCACUAUUGCAAAUAAUCCACUCUGUUUCUUGAAGCUUAGAAGAUUAUUUCCAAGAAUAAUAUAA